GUUACAGAGAACCUGUGAGAAAAACGGAGAGAGAACCCAGAGUUGUCACAUUUGGAUCAGAUAUAGCAGCACCACACUGGAGCUUUAAUGAGCAGUCUGAGAGAGCAAGCGCAACACACAGAUCUCCUGUCAGCCAGAGAAGAGCGCACAACUCUCAACGGCAUCGGAGGCGACGAGACGAUCUGCUGAUCUGCAGUCAGCUUAGAGGCAACUGAAGAAGCCAAACAUCCUCUCUGUGCGAGGCGUAGGAAGAGGUCGUGAAGAGACUUUGGAGGCAAAUCGGCUGAGAAAGAGAGAGGGGGCAAAAAAAAAAAAAAGAAAGACUUCUCCGGUGUGGAAAGCUGACCUUCGGUGCACUCCAAAGAAGGAGGAUCGACCAUGGAGGAGACGCUCACCUGCAGUCGAAGUCCUUUCUCUCAGGUGUUUGGACGCCAGGGUCAGCUGAUGCAAGCCACUGUGCAGUCGCUGAACAAUCUGAACGACCAGAUUGCAAGCUUUAUGGUGACCAGACCCAAAUCCCUGGAGCAGCAGGAGCAGGCCUACUCUCCUCCGGAGAAGGAGACCCUGCAGAAGUCCAUGAACCUGAUGCGGCACCUCCUUGUUGACGCCCAGGCAAAAAUCCUGAAAAUGAUGGAUGACAACAAGCAGCUGGCCCAGCGCAUCGAUGGGGCCAUUCAGUCGGCCAGCCAGGAGGUGACCAACCUGCGGUCCGAGCUGAGCGCCACCAGCCGCAGACUUGCUGAGCUCGGGGCGACGGACUCCUCCGCCAGCAUGCUGGAGACCGUGCAGCACAACCACAACGAUCCAUCACCUCAACACAAGCAGAAACCCCCAACCACGGACCUCUGCUACAAGACUGAAAUCAGCAGUCUCAUGGACUUCAACUCUCCUGAUGCCUCAUUGGACAAAGUUCUGCUGCGCGAAGAGGUGGCCCAGCUCCAGGAGGAGGUGCACCUGCUGCGGCAGAUGAAGGACAUGUUGAGCAAGGACCUGGAGGAGACCCAGGGAGGCUGCUCGGCUGACGUCCUGUCCGCCACGGAGCUCCGAGUGCAGCUGGCCCAGAAGGAGGAGGAGCUGGAUCGGGCCAAAGAGGCUUUACAAGCCAUGAAGUCGGACCGCAAACGUCUCAAGGCGGAGAAGGCCGACUUGGUGAACCAGAUGCAGCAGCUUUAUGCCACACUAGAGAGCCGGGAGGAGCAGCUUCGGGACUUCAUACGCAACUACGAGCAGCACAGGAAAGAGAGCGAGGAUGCAGUGAAGGCUCUGGCCAAGGAGAAAGACCUCCUGGAGAGGGAGAAGUGGGAUCUGAGACGGCAGACCAAGGAGGCCACGGAGCACACAGGGAUGCUGCGCUCCCAGCUAGACCUCAAGGAGAACCGCAUCAAGGAGCUGGAGGCUGAACUCGCCAUGAUGAGUAACUGUGUCAAUCAGAGAAUGGAGUUCCGGGUGUUUGAGCGGCUUGUGGACAGGGACUGCUCUCCUAGGGUCACGGCGGCCAAACAGUCACUAGCCACACUGACAAAGGAUGUGCCCAAGCGUCACUCAUUGGCCAUGCCCACGGAGGCGGUCGUCAAUGGCAACAACCAGGAGUGGGUGAUGCAGGCGGAUCUUCCCCUGACUGCUGCCAUCAGGCAAAGUCAGCAGACCCUCUACGUCCACACAGGCCAUCCCACUGACAGACAAGUGGCUGCGGUGCGAGUGAGCCCCAUCCACUCGCGUCAGCCUUCCAUCAUCUCUGACGCCUCUGCAGUGGAGGGAGAACGGUCGUCUACACCAAGCGACAUAAACUCGCCACGUCACCGGACUCACUCCCUCUGCAAUUCCCUAGAAGAUCUGGAGGAGGCGAAGCGUAAGAAGAAGAAAGAGAAGAUGGGUCUGGGCUCACUGUCGCGUGUCUUUGCCCGGGGAAAGCAGCGCAAGUCUCUGGACCCCGGUUUGUUUGAUGGUACUUCCACACCCGAUUAUUACAUAGAAGAGGAUGCAGACUGGUAAAAGCACAGCUCUCUGAGUGAACCCACCUUGGACCACGAUGAGUGUUGGAGUGUAUAGAUAUAAUAUAAUACAUGCGCCUGUUUAGCCCCACUAGAAGGGGGAUAAUUGUACGUGUGUGUGUGCGUGUCAGCGUGCACGUGCGUGGUUAGGCCAAUGGUCAGAGGUCAAGUCAGGAGCCAGAGGCGCGUCUUGCUUCGCUGAAGUCUUAUUGAACACAUUGCACCUGUAUGUAUGUACACUUCUGUAAAUAGAAACACAGCAACAAUGUUGACUUGCUCUGUUAAAGCUGUGUUACUGGAUCUUCUUCUUGACUUUUUGUUUUCAAAAAGCUGGAAACUUGAAGGACUGCUGUAUCUGUAAAUAACAACAGUUGUUGUGCACUCUGUGCUUGUAAAUGUCUCCAUGUUCCAAUUAACUUUUGUUCAUUUUGACACAAAUUUCCCUCACAACUCAAAGCCCCUUUCUUUCUUUUUUUUUUGUUUUGUUUUGGGUUUUUUUUUUGUCCUGCCUGGUCCUCCCCUCCUUUUUCACACAGCCAUGAUGAGAACAGUUUCCUGUAGGCAACAUGCAGACUCCUCAGUUCCAACAACAAUUCGAUUAUCAUUUAUCGGAUUCCUCAGAAAACAAAAACUGAACAGGGGCUCCAACUGGUUGCAAAUGAGCCGCUGAGCACGGGGUCAGCAUAAUGAAGCCAAACAGGAAAUGCAAAAAAAACACACACACAAAAAAACAUGAUUUCUAUCUGCAAAGAUAGAACGUACAGUGCCUUGUCGAGGUAUUCAUACCCCUUGAUUUUUUUCUUUUCUCCAUAUUUGCAAAAUUAAUUAUUGAAUUCGAUGCUCUGGUUGUAUAUUUGUUCUAUAUCUGUAGCAGAUUUUUACUCCAGGAUUGCUCCAACUCUAAUCAGCUUCCCACAAAUCAUUAUACUGCCACCAAUAUGUUUUAUCAUGGGGUUAGGCCAAAACGUUACAUUCUGUUUUCACCAGCCCAGAGAUUAUGCUCUACAAGACUAACUGAGAGCUCGCAAAAUAGAAUCGAGGGCAGAUCGAGUUGAUGUAAAAUUGGCUCAAUACUGUCUUUUCACAAUGUCUUUCUCCUCGUCCAUCUUUCUUUGAGGUCAGAUUUGUUAAGUGAACAGCUGAGAGUUUUCUGUUUUUUUCCCAUCUGAGAUGUGGAUCUCUGUAGAUCCUUCCAAGUUUUAAGUCGACAUCUUGGCUGCUUCUCUCAUGAGCCAGAAUGCAUUGAUAAAACUCCUUAACUAGUUUAUAUCAAAGACAUUGACAAAUAGCUGUUGCUGCAUUUGAUAAGUAAAGUUAAAAUUAAAUAAUAUUGAACAUCUUUUCAUGUUGUUCAGUCCUUCUGGGAUCUCACAAUUAUUUUGAAGAUUCUUUUUGCAGUCAGGAUCACUGAUUAUGUGGAGCAAAUUUAGAAAUAUUUAUGAGGAAGUUGGCAAUAUUUGCACGGUGUAACAUAAAUACUUUGUUAACUUUGUUAAUCAUCACAUCGAUCACGGAUCUAUUGAUUUGGCGUGAAUUUCUGUGAUUGCUAAAAACCAGAGGGACUGAUUGAUGUAAUUUCACAUCUCUGGAGUCUAGAGGGCCACAUAAAAAGGUAUGGUGGGUCAGAUUUGUCCCCUGAGCAUUGAGUUUGACAUGUGCUUUAGUAGGUAUUAAUGGCACGUUUAACAUUGCUUUGUGAUAAGCAAAAAAUUUAAAAGGUUUUUUUUUUUUCUGAUGUAACUCAGAUUUAAUCUGCUUGAUGUGCCUGCAGUGACCCUUGAUCUUUAUGGUGCUGCUUGUUCAUGAGAGUCUUCAAACGUCCUUGAUAGAUCAGUUGGACUUAUUCUAAGAGACUAUAUGUAUAAAUUAGGUAACCAGUAAUCAUUAAGUAGCUGGUUAUAUUGGCAUUUCUAGGGUGACAGAGUAAGGAGGGCUAAAUGGUUUCUACAUCAUUCAGAUAUUUUAGAUUAACCAUGAAUGCCUACAUGGAUUUAGCUUCUCUGUGUCAGUCCAUCACAUAAAAUCCAUUGAAGUUUGUGGCUGUGAUGUGACAAAAUAUCCAAAUGUUCGAGGGAUAUGCAAGACACAGCACACACCUGAACAUGUAACCUGCAUGCAUUAACCUCAGACCCCCAAGCAUGCUGACAGGGUUGUGUUGCAUAUGUUGUCAAGAAGGCACUUUAAUAAAAAAAAAGAGAGGUCAGUUACUGAUUUCAUGAUGUUUUUUCAUGGUUUUGUCAGAUUCAAAUGUAACCUGUUUGACUUUUAAACUUGAUCCUUUAAUUUUCUUUGAUUACUCUGUUAGGGUUUAGCAAUUUAGCCUGAUUCUGCAUCUCCAAGGCAACAUUUCCAUGUAGAAAUCAAUUUGGAAAUUUCAAGAUGAGCAAAGAUGCCAAGAAACCAACACUAUUUUUAAUCAUUCAUGUUUUUUUCUCCCAUUUUCUUUUAACUUGAUCUCGCAAUUGCUCGCAGCUAUCAUUAUGCUAAUACUCUGAAAAGCUGCUGGCAUUGGAUUAUAGCGGAGGAGCCUGUCUAAAAUUAGAAGCUAGAUUUAAAACUGAUGGUCAAGACUUUUGCAGACCGCUGGAAUCAAAGUUGUUUUUAAUUAAUAACUGGAACCAUAAUUAAAAGAAGCAUACAUUAAACAAAAGACUCUAACAGUGAUGAGUGCCUUCUCUGGAGGUUAGGUCUUAAGCAUACUAAUCAAGUAAAAGCAUUGGUUUCCAGGUGACCCCCAGAGCUCACUAAACAUUAUUCAGUUUAAGCUACUAUUGGGGGAAAAAAAAAGCAAUUAGCUCUGUGUUAAAGGUUAAUAACAUUUCUUCAAGCCAAAGAAUGUCCAGAGACACGGGAUUCUUUUCAUCCUGGAUCAAAUUGGAGUCUGCACUGCCCCCACUGGAAAUCUCUUCUCUCCCUGACAUUAAAUUAUCACCGGGUGUUCAUUAGCUGUACCAAAAACCCCCAAAAACAGUGCCAGACAGUGGAGCACUGGAGCUAUUUUUAAACCAGAUUUUACGAGAAAAGAGGAUCUUUGGAAAAGUAUUUGCUGCCAGACUUUAUUUUUUAUGUUUUUUUUUUACAUGGUCACAUUUCAAUGUUUCAGAUGAUCAAACGAAUUUUAAUAUAAGAUAUGAAAACCUGAGUAAAUGUAAAAUGCUGUUUCAAAUUAUGAUUUUAAUUCGUCAAGCUAUCCAAAGCAACCUGCCCUUGCGUGAAAAAAUAACCGCCCUCUAAAACCAGCUACUAGUUGUUCCACCCUGGCCAGUAACAACUGGCAAAGAGUCUUUUACAUCAGUGUGGAGGAAUUUAGUCCAAUUUUCUUUGCACCAGUAUGUAAAUCAGCUUCACUGGAGGGUUUUAAAUAGCCUACUCUAAAUCAUUACCAAAGCCUUUAAUUCAGAUUUAAUUCCAAACUUUGACUCGAAGAUCCACUUGGGUUUUUUUAUAUAUAUAAUUCAAAGGUGGAUUUGCUAGUGCGCUAGAGUUGAGUUAUGGAGCCUUGUGAAGCUUCAUGAUUCAAGCACACUUGAGUUUUAAGACAAUAACAUAUCAUUGGACAUUGUCAUCUGCUUGAUUUUCUGAAACAUUUAGGCGUGACAAAAACGGAAAAUAAUAUGUAGGAAAUGCAAAGAUAAAUCAUCACAUAUUCGGCUGUAUUUAUAGGAACAAUUCAACCACUUGAGGUAUUCAUUAUCAAAUAAUAUAUAGAAAAACACAGGCUACUUUUAUGUUUUCAUUUAAUCAGUUUUUACCUGCUGAUGGGAGAAACUACAUAUCAAAUGCAGCAUUGUAUGAUUUCAUAUUCUGAGCCACGGUGUGUUUUUAUUCUGCCACAGAUAUUUUACUUUUUGUAAAUGAGACAGCAUUACAGAAAUGAGAUGAAUCUUAUUGUUAUUAUUAUUGAAGAGUUUUAUUUAAAGUCAGAGAUGUAGGCCUCAGUGUGGAACUGAGAUAUUUAGAAGUAGAUAGUAGCGACUUUUUAAGGCAUGGCAACGACGUUACACUAAAAAAAGAAAACAAAUAAAAAAAUAAGAUUAUUUUAAAAUAAAAUAAAUGAUAAUGAUUUCUA